GUGCUUGUUCUGCAACCCGAUGCAAGACAGUCUCCUCCGCACCCGCUGCUUCCUGCUGGGAGUGGUUUGUAUCAUCUUGACCAUCCUUCUCACGAUCACCAACCGGGACAAGGGCGGGAAUUAGAGGUCAGGGAAGCCCAGCGAGCAUUAUUGAACUCUCCUCAUCCGCUUGAGAUUCUGUCGGACCGAGCAGCAUACGGCAGUGAAGGCAUGAUUUCCCGUGAUCAUGACCCUGGGAACUACACCAAGGUUCUGAACAGCAUCCUUCGGAAGGAGGUGAAGAGGUGGAGGAGGAUGCAGAGGGAGCAACGCCGUCGCCUGUGGUGGCCUCUGGUAGGUGCUGGCAAGGGGGCAGGUCUCGGAGUUCCAGAGACAGAGGUUUUAAAUGAGAAGGAUGAAGCAGAUGAUAUGGGGAGAGCUCUAAUGGUGAAGGGUGGAACAGGAGGAGUUAUUCUUGCUCGUGUGGGUGAUAGGAGAGCACGGUCGCAACGAUCAACAAGCAGAGUCGCUGCGGGGAGAAGAUUUGGUUCCUUGGUUGCAUCGCAGCAUAUACACAUGGGUUUGAUUGCUAUGCUUGCUACCUCCCAAUGGUGGGAGCAUGAUCCUAUUGUCUGAGACUUGAUGGCAUACAAAUGCAGCAUGUCAUGUGGCAGGUGAUGGUGUGUAGAUUGUGCAUGGGGAACUGCGAUGUCUACCGCAGUUUGUUCAUCUGUUGUUGAUGAACCAUGGCCCAUAGCAUGAUCCUCAGCUGCAUUUCUUUUUUCCCUUUUUUUUGCAUUUCUAAGGAUCAACUGGCCUGCAUUUGCAUUAUGGUCUUCGCUAAACAUGGAGUGUCUCAGGGCUGGGGAAUGGCAUGAUGUUGAAAUAAGCAUCAAUUGGCGGGAGUGGUAUUUGAACCUGAUCCUGUAUGAUAACUAGGGAAUUUGGGAAUUGCAUCCAGAGUAUGUACAGGUGGAGAUAGGUGUUAUUCUCCAUAUAUUGUUCAUUGGAUGGCAAGGUCGUGUCAGCUUUGGAGUUUGACAACGGGGCAGUACGUCGAGAGCAAUUCUGGGGAUAAAUGGAAAAUGAUCAAUGCAGUUGAAAGUGGAGACAGUGAGAGGGCACUGGGGGAUGGGUAUUUGAAGUAUUUCAGAAGGUUUGGGAUGGUGUGUGUGUGGUGCACAGAGUGGUGGAUGAGGGGAGGACGUGAGGAGGGAAGGAGGAGAGGAGAGAAGGGCUUUGUAGUGAGUUUGUACAGAGGACAUUUGCUGAUGAUUUGUCAUGUUAUGUAUAAGGUGUAGUCACUGUAGUGAAUACUUGUCAGAUGUAAAUCUGAAUGGUAUGGUGGUGACUGAGGUUAUUUGGUAUCCCUGACAGCUGCGCAUUGCAGCCAUCAGUUGGUUUCUUGUCAACAAUCUUGAAUAUCCACUAUUCCCGGCGAAUCGGACUCGAUGCAGAUUGGUGGCGUGGCGCAUUUGUCAUGACUGAUCAACACUGCACAGGGCAGUACGAUGGACAUUCCUUGCUUUCUUAACAAGUGACACAGUGUAGCAUCGCUGCUGUAUGCAUUAGAGUGGUCGGUGGGGAGGUGAACGAAUGAAUGCACAUGGCAUGGCAUCUUGGAGCAUGGCACAUUUGUCAUGACUGAUGAACACUGUGCAGGGCAGUACGAUGGCCAUUCCUUGCUUUCUUAACAAGUGACACAGUGUAGAAUCGUUGCUGUAUGUUUUAGAGCGGUUGGUGGGAAGGUGAAAGAAUGCACAUGGCAUGGCAUCUUGGAGAUGGGAAGGUGAUGGGUGGCAUGUCGAUUUUGGAACUCCACUAGUGACAUAGGGGGAGGAAGAUGUGUGUUGGGAUGAUGGAGACUUCAAUCCAUUUUGGAGUGUACAGAGGAUGCAGCAGCCAUUCAUGUCAGUGUCGCUUUGACGAGGAGACACGUCUUACGUCUUUUACGUGCAUGCAGUGCCAGCAUCUGUGUCUUGGUGGCAUUUGUCAAAGUUCUCUCAUGGAGUCAUGGGAUGAUCCACGUCGGGGUACUUCUGAAGAAGUAAUCGGUACAAUUUGCUUGUACAGUCAGUCCAAUGUGAUAUACCGUCUUCAAAAAGAGGGGAUGUAAAAGCAUGCAUCCAAAUAUCUUGAGGAAUAUCGACGAGGUGAAAUUCUUCACUGGACAAGUGGAGUUCCCUCGAUUCUAAUACUUGUCAGAGCAUGGUGACCUCACUUUAAAGGGCGUAAUAACAGCUGCUGUUCAUCAUAUUCAUGGAGAACAAGACCAUUCACAACUGCUAUCUGGGUCUCCUAUGGGAAGCAGCAGUUAUCCCAGCCUGAAAGGAGUUGCAAUUUCUCUCUCAUCUUUAUAUUGGUGUGUCUGAUGUUCUAGACAGCAUGUGUUGUCCCUCUUGCACUUUCUCUGUGUCAUGUCUCCCUACCUAGUUAGUUGGCUAGGUAGGAGAAUAACAACAAAAGCAGUCAGCUGAAGCAGCACUUUUAGUUCAGUAUCUUGUAGAAGGGUUGCGUCUUCAGUGUGGGCAGGGGAAUGAGUGUUAGGAGGGACUUAGAGACCAUGGUGUGAAACAGAUGCUUGCUUGCCAGCCAGCCAAACUAUUGUCCCUUACUCGUCAUUUAAGUCGGCAGGAGAUUGUGGGAUAUGAACGCAAGUGUGCAAGGAACUGCACCCAAGACUUUGUUUCAUGAACUAAUCUUUUUGUUUAUUGAUCUGUUUUUCUUUUAUGGGGAAAGGGGCCUGUGGGAGGGGGGAUGGGUGAGCUAUGCAGUAAUGUGUGAUGGUGACUGUGUAGAAGACGUCAAGCAUCUCUGCAUCACCGUUGUGUCUGCUUUGUCCUCCAUUUCUUUCAAGUCUGGACGGGAUCUGUAUGUCUGCGUUGUCCUUUUGGUGUCUGUGCUUAGUUUCUGGCUCGGCCUGUUUGGGCUGUGCCGUGUGUGGAUAGCGUCUGCUUCCAUAACAACAUGAGGAGGACACUUUCUGGACCUGCUAUGGAUGACGAAGUAUUAGGUUUGAUCCUUGUCAUCGUCUCGAAGUUCUGGUCGAAGACUGUACUAGCUGUGGACAUCUCACGACUCCCCAUCAGUCGUUAGCUGGUCAACUGCAAAGGGGAUCGGUACUACAGGUAUAAGCUGAUGAUGAUGGUGAUGAUGAUGAUGAUGGUGAUGAUGAUGAUGAUGGUGAUGAUGAUGAUCAUGAUGAUGAUGAUGUGAUUGUCGUUUGUCUUCAAUGGGCGGCAAGCACUCUGCCAAAGUCAAAAAGAUACGCCUAUUAUGAUGUCGUUGUUCCUUACAAAGGGGGGACACAUUGCAAGUCUACUGAUUCCAUCAUAUCCUUAUGGGUAUAGCAGGAUUUGAACCUGCGAGAUUAAGGAGACUGAAGUCAGUAGGAUGCAUUUCGAGUCUUCACGAGCCGGGGAUACAUUGCAAGUCUACAAGUAUGUCUACCAAUUCCAUCAUAUCCGUAUGGGUAUAGCAGGAUUUGAACCUCAGUUGGAUGUGUUGCGAGUGUUAGGGGAAUGCUACAGCGACUCAUUUUCAAUAGCCAAUGGCCUGUGAUCCAAGUGGUCUGCAGCACGUGGUUGAACUGAUUAUGAUUCAUCGGGAAAUGUGGUGUCGUCAGGCGGUUGAACCUUCUGGGAAAGAGGAUGUUUGAGUUCUGUGCAGUAGUCCUCAAGCGAACAAUUCACUGGAAACACUAUUUUGUAGCACUUAGAUCUGCUGGUUUCCGAUAUGCAGUUCUCUCUGCACGACUGAUGGUAUUGGCAGAUUGUAUGUUCACUUGUUUCGACCUUAUUCAACCUGUGGCAGCAAUGUC